UCUGAGGGAAGCCCCUGUAGCUGACCGCAGCACGAGGGGGCAGGCCCGGGUCCCAUGGGGCCGGCGGCACCGGGCACGGCGGCGGCGAGGGACCGGCGGCGGCGCGGACUACAACUCCCGGCAUGCCCCGCGGCGGGGGGCGGGUCGCGUGGCUGCCCGCGCCUGUCGGGCUCCGUCGGUGGCGGAGCUGCGGGCCCUGCCCGGCCGGUGCUGGGGCUGCGGGUUCCGCCGGGGUCUCGCAUCGCUGCCGCCGCGCCGGGCUCGAACACGGACCCGUAGUAGCCCACGUAGUGGCCCUGUAGCCCAUGCUGACCGCGCGUGUCGGCGGGGCCUCGCCGGGCGGCAGCGCCAUGGGGCCGUGGGGCCGGGGCCUGCCGUGGGCUCUGGUGCUGCUCGCCUUGCGCGGAGCGGCCGGCGCCCGCCCCAGCUUCGUCCUGUUGCUGGCGGAUGACCUGGGCUUCGGAGACCUGGGCAGCUACGGGCAUCCUUCUUCGGCCACGCCCAGCCUGGACCGGAUGGCUUCCCGAGGGCUGCGGUUCACCGACUUCUACAGCAGCUCCCCGGUGUGCAGCCCGUCCCGGGCAGCCCUGCUGACAGGCCGGUUCCAGAUGCGCUCCGGGGUUUACCCUGGUGUGUUCAGCCCAGACUCACGGGGAGGCCUGCCGCUGUCUGAGGUCACCAUUGCUGAAGUGCUGAAGGCUGAGGGCUAUGCCACAGCCAUGGUUGGCAAGUGGCACCUUGGCCUGGGGAUUAACGGCCCUCUUCUGCCCAUUCAUCAGGGCUUUGACCACUUCUUGGGUGUGCCCUACUCUCAUGACCAGGGCCCUUGCCAGAAUCUCACCUGCUUCCCACCUGACGUCAAGUGUUUUGGGACUUGUGACCAAGGCUUGGUGCCAGUCCCACUGCUCUGGAACCAGAGCAUUGUGCAGCAGCCAGUCUCUUUCCCUGAUCUGGUGCCACUCUACAACAAAUUCUCCCGAGACUUCAUCGCUGACUGUGCCCGACGAGGCCUCCCCUUCCUGCUCUACUAUGCUUCCCACGUAGGAGAGGGAGAGGGCUGCUCUGGGCCCAAGGGAGCCCACCUGGGAAAACUUCCUGCUCUGGGGCUCCAUGUCCUCUCCUGGGGCUCAGCUCCUUUGUGCCAUUUCUGA